GGCCCGGACGCCUGGGUCCCCUCCCUGCCGAAGGGCGUGCAGUGCUGGAGGCCCGGGCUACCGGGUUUUCUCCUGGGCCCGGGAGGAUCAUUGUCCUCUCCCGCUCGGGUGGGGCAGGGGGCGGGCCGGGCCGGGCUAUAAGAGGCGCCGUCUGAGCCCGCGGCCAGAGCCGGCUCUUGCUUCAACAGUGAUUGAACGGAGCCUCCUCCCGCCCCAGCACCCCCAGCAACAGGACCUGCAUCUGCAUCUGCCCGGGUCAUGGACUCCCAGGUGCGCCAGAACUACCACCGCGACUGCGAGGCCGCCAUCAACCGCAUGGUGAACAUGGAGCUGUACGCCAGCUAUGUCUACAUGUCCAUGGGCUACUUCUUUGACCGUGAUGAUGUGGCUCUGUCCCGCUUCUCCAAGUUCUUCCGCCAUGAGUCUGAGGAGAAGCGGGAGCAAGCUGAGCGCCUCAUGGGGCUGCAAAACCGCCGGGGGGGGCGCCUUGUGCUGCAGGACAUCCAGCCUGGGCAGGAUGAGUGGGGCAAUGGGCUGGCUGCCAUGCAGGCGGUGCUGCAGUUAGAGAAGAGCAUCAACCAGGCCCUGCUGGACCUGCACCAAGUGGCCACGCGCCACGCUGACCCCCACGAUCAGCCCUAUCCAAACUAUCCUGUAGACAUCCAUCAUCUAACCUCUUGGAAAAACUGCUGUCAGCCCUGACAACGCAACAUAUCACACCUGAACCUGCCACAGGUAGAGCCAGGAGAGCAGCCAAUGUCCUGCUGCUGGAAAAAGUUGUUCAUAUACACUCAAGAGAUCCCAGUUAGAGGCCAUGGGCCUGCUGCAGAGGAAGGCUAAAAUUCCCUGGGUGUACACCAGUCUGAUGAGAGAGUAAAAUUCCUUCCUGACCCCAAGUGUGGGAAUCAAUUGGACCCUGAGCAGAGGGGCAAGACCCUCUAGACAG